GCCUCAACCACUUCUCUUCGAGUUGCAGAGGCUGCUCUAACUUAACGCCCGCCCUGAGCUUGGAAGCUGAGGCUCGGGACAGGGUGCCUAGGAGCUGGAAUGGACCCCUGGGACCUCUACUGUUCCAGGCUUCUUUCUCCUCUCCUGAGCGCUGCCCCCCUUUCCUCUGCUUGCUGGCUGCUCAGAGACCCCAUCCCCAUUGCCCAUCGCCCCUCCGAGAGGGUUUCCAGAAGGAAGAAUUGCCCCCCCACUGCCUGGUACAAGAGAGAACGCUGACUGUAUGGGUCAGCCCAGCUCAACCCAGCUCACCACAGAAACAUCAGUCCUGUGGCCAAAAAAAUGAAGACUAGAGUAACUGCUAAAAACCUUAGAACUUAGAGAAUGUCAGAUCUGGGAGGGACCUUAGAACUUGGAAUGAAGAUCUCGAAUCAUGGAGCAUUUAUUAAUUUGAGUAUGGGAAUAACAAAAUAUUCCUACCAUGUGCCCAGGCUUGACGCUGAAGUUAUGAAGAUAAAAACAGAACCUGCUUUUUAGAAACUUAUGUUCUAAUGACAUGGAAUAUGGAAGAGAUCUUAGAACAUAGAACGUUUGUGGUCCAAGGGCCCUUAAGGCGUAGAAUAUGAGAAUUGCCAGGGCCUGUAGAACAGGGAAUGUCAGAUGGGAGAGCUUAGAACACAGAAUGUCAGAGCUAUAUUGUAUUGUAUUGUACUGAAACCUUCCAGAAGUGGAAGGAGCAUCUAGAAGGGACCUAGAACAUACAUUCAUAGAACUGGGAAAACCUUAGAGUAGACAAAAUGGAAUCGGAAUUCCCCUCAUAAAGAGUACACUCCAACUUCCUUAUUUUAUAGAGGAAGAAUCUUAGGUCUGAAGAGGAGACUUUGUGGCCCAAGAUCAGCCAGCCCAGCUAUGGCUGAGCUCCCCUGGGAUCUUGCUUCUCUAGUCUUUACCUCCUGCCUUCUCCACCCUUGUCCCUUCAAAGCUCAAGCUUUCCCUGAAAGUAUUAUAGAAAUACCCACAGGACCUGCAGAGCAGUCUUUUUUGAGCAGGAAGAGCCCUGAACUGGCCUUUGCACACUCUCUGCUCAGUUCCUGCCCUUCUGUAUGGCCAGAGGCAAGGGAUUUCCCUCACCGGGCUUCACUCCAUAGAAAGAAAUCAAUGGACUCAAUAAUCACUGAUAUAUUCUGGAACAGCUGAAAAAUGGGUACAGAAGAAAAAGAGGGCGGCUCCCCCAGAGCCAUGUCCAGGUUCCUGAGGCACUUCACCGUGGUCGGCGACGACCACUACAAAUGGAAUACCAGAUAUAAGAGAUGGGACAAUGAGGAUGAGGAGGAUGAGCAGCCACAGAUGCCAGCAGCACCAGCUCCGGCUCCAGCACCUGCUGCUCCUGCGGCCGAGGGCAGCCCCGCUGACGCUCCUGGGGAGAUUGUCGCCCCUCCAAAAGCUGCCCCAGACUUCAGGACUGUGAUGAGGAAGCUCUUCAGUUCCCACAGGUUUCAGGUUAUCAUCAUUUGCCUGGUCAUUAUGGAUGCCUUACUGGUGCUUGCUGAGCUGAUGAUAGACUUGAAAAUCAUCCAGUCAGACAAGGACAACUAUGCUGCCAGGGUAUUCCACUAUCUGAGCAUCGCCAUCCUGACCCUCUUCAUGUCAGAAGUUGCAUUAAAAUUAUAUGUCUUCCGCAAGGAAUUCUUCUACCACAAGUUUGAGAUCCUGGAUGCUGUUAUUGUGAUUAUCUCUUUUGUCCUGGACAUCGUCCUUGUGUUCCAAGAGCACGCCUUUGAAGCCCUCGGCUUACUGAUCCUUCUCCGACUUUGGCGGGUGGCCAGGAUUAUCAAUGGCAUAAUUAUUUCAGUCAAGACACGUUCUGAACGACAACUCUCAAGGCUGAAAAUGAUUAAUCAUCAACUGGCCACGAAAAUCCAGCAUCUUGAAUUCAGCUGCACUGAGAAGGAACAAGAAAUUGAAAGACUUACCAAACUUUUGAGAGAUCAUGGACUUCUCCAGUAGCUGAACUAUGCAACAUUUGCCUAACCACAUGGAGAGG